AUGGCUGAACCUAAAGCUGAUAUUGCCCUGAUCGGUUUGGCUGUUAUGGGACAAAAUUUAAUCCUCAAUAUGGAUUCUAAAGGUUUUGUAGUCUGUGCAUAUAACAGAACAGUUGAGAAGGUGGACCACUUUUUAGCUAAUGAAGCAAAGGGCACAAAAGUUAUUGGGGCCAAGUCAUUAGAAGAUAUGGUGCAGAAAUUGAAGAAACCAAGAAAAGUAAUGUUGUUAGUCAAAGCGGGUUCAGCUGUUGAUGAAUUUGUUAAAAAAUUGUUACCGUUGCUUGAGAAAGGAGAUAUUAUAAUUGAUGGUGGUAACUCUCAGUAUACAGACACACAGAGAUGGUGCAAGGAGUUGUCAUCAACUGGAAUUUUAUAUAUUGGAAUGGGAGUAAGUGGGGGAGAAGAUGGAGCACGUUAUGGACCCUCUCUUAUGCCUGGUGGCCAUGCUGAUGCUUGGCCUGCAGUAAAACCUAUAUUCCAAGCAAUAUGUGCAAAAGUAGAUGAUGAACCAUGCUGUGACUGGGUGGGAGAGGAUGGUGCUGGACAUUUUGUUAAAAUGGUACACAAUGGAAUUGAGUAUGGAGAUAUGCAAAUAAUUUGUGAAGCCUAUCACUUUAUGAAGGAUAUUCUUAAUCUUGACCAAGGUUACAUUGCAAAAGUUUUUGAAGUCUGGGGCAAGAGAGUUCUGGAUUCAUUUUUGGUUGAUAUCACUGCUAAUAUUUUGAGAUUCAAAGACUCUGAUGAUGAGUAUCUGUUACCUAAGAUUCGAGACGCUGCUGGUCAAAAAGGGACAGGCAAGUGGACGGUCAAUAGUGCACUUGAGUAUGGAGUUCCUGUCACACUUAUUGCAGAAGCCGUUUUUGCUCGUUGCCUUUCUGCACUUAAAGAUGAACGUUCCAAGGCCAAUAAAAUACUCCCGAGUGCAACAGUUAGAUUCGGAGGUGACAAGGGAGAGUAUAUAGAUUAUCUUGAAAAAGCUCUUUUUGCCAGUAAAGUUAUCUCUUAUGCGCAAGGAUUCAUGCUUUUACGAGAGGCUGCCAAGGGCAAUAACUGGCACUUGAACUAUGGCAGCAUUGCAUUGAUGUGGCGUGGAGGUUGUAUCAUUCGGAGUUCCUUUUUGGGCAAAAUUAAGGAGGCAUUUACGAGGAAUCCGUCGCUCGAAAACCUAUUGUUAGAUCCGUAUUUCACAAGGAACGUUUCCGCAUCCCAAAUGUCUCUGCGGCGUGUUAUCGCGCAAGCUGCGUUAUCUGGAGUCCCGAUGCCGACGAUGUCAGCUGCUUUGGCCUUCUACGAUGCUUAUCGCUCCAGAAUACUUCCUGCCAAUUUACUCCAGGCUCAACGUGACUACUUCGGCGCUCAUACUUACGAGUUACUUAAUAAUCCGGGCGAGUUUGUGCAUACCAAUUGGACUGGGCAUGGUGGAAACGUUUCAGCUUCCACUUACAAUAAGUAA